UGUGGGCAGCUUUGCUGGAUGAUUCCUUGGCACAAUCUUUCCGUGGAAAACUGAAUUGAAUGUCAUUUCGAUGUGUGUUAAUUUUUUAAUUUACUAACAAAAGUGAUGCUGAGAAAGGCACAUUUGGUGGAUAAUGUUCUCGUGCAGAAUAGGUCCUUCGGGAAGUACAGCUCAUCUAAAGAACCAAGAGAACAUCAAAAGAAUCAUAUAAAAAGUGUUUAGAGCAAAGGUUCAAGAAAUGUCCAAAAUAUAGAAAAUAGUUAUUUAUUGGAUUGUCAGUUCCCAUAUUUGAACAGUUAUACGCAUUUUUGUAAGUUUUCUUAUUGAUUGAUUAUUAACGAAAUGAAGGAUCUGGACCUUACCUUGGACUAUAUGGAAAAUGCGCGGUUCAAUUACACCUACGGGCCCUUGAUCACGCACAUGGAGAUGGAGUCACCUUUUACAAGGGCCGAGUUGCUCUGCCUUUCCAUGGUCUAUCACAAAUUUACACUGAAGAAUGGACCCAGGGCCAGGUUCCUAACCUUAAUGCAGCUAAGCAAUAUAUUGGAGCUGAUGUUCACUGUGACAGAUCGUGAGAUAAACAGACGCAUUGUGGCUCGCAUUAGCUAUGAUCCGGACUGUACGGACCCAAAAUACGCGUCGGAUCGCCACUGUAGCUUGGCCAGCUUUAUCAGACUCUUCUCCAUCUACUUUUCCACAGAUCUGGAACAGCGCAUGCAGUUUGUCUUUAGCAUUUACGAUGAAAAUGAUCGCGGCUUCUUGGGACGGGAAGAUGUGGUGUAUUUUGUGGAAAAGUUUUUCACCGGCGAUGACGAGGAUGAGAUUUUUGAGCUGCGCGCUGAUAUGAUUGAAGUGCUUUUUGCUAAAUUUGAUGUGGACAAGGACAUGAUCAUCACGUUUGAGGAAUAUUGUGACGUUGUGCGAUUGCAGCCGGGACUUAUGGAAUUUCUGGGCAAGGUUUAUCCCACGCAGGAUCAGUUGGACUCUGUGCGGUUGUGUGUAAAUGUCCUUUCGUGAUGCCAGGAAUUACAAUUUCCGUGCUUAAGCGCAAAAAGUGCUUAGGCUCUAAAGUUAUAAAUAGAACUUGAGCACUUUUUGCACUUGAGCAAAUACUUGUAUAACAACAUUUGAUGGCCAUGAACACAGAACUGUAUAACGGAUUUGAACAAGCGCUGGCUUCAAGAAAUAAAAAUUUUCGAGUGCGAUUUUUUGUUA